AUGGCGGAGGCGGGAAAAAAGCAGGCGGGCGUCGGGCUGCCGGGUGGAGACGCUGCUCAGUGGCCUCUGCAGCGGUAUGGUCGUUUCAUCCUCUUGGGCGCGGGAAAGCCACCUAGGCCUGGCCUGGAAGCUGGGAUGGCCUCUUCCCCUACGUGGAAGGUUUUUGACUCCAGUGAAGAAUCUGGGUAUCUCCUUCUCACCAUAGUUAUAUCAGGUCAUUUCUUCAUUUCCCAAGGACAAACACUUCUGGAAGGGUUUUCACUCAUUGGUAGCAAGAACUGGUUGAAGAUUGUAAGACGCAUGGAUUGUCUGUUGUUUGGAACAACAAUAAAGGACAAGAGUCGCAUGUUCCGGGUGCAGUUUAGUGGAGAGUCCAAGCAGCAGGCACUGGAGCACUGUGACAGCUGCGUGCAGAGCCUGGCCCAAUACGUGACUGUUCAGGUGCCUGAGGGAAGCAGCCAGGAUCUGCGGCCGUGCCCGGGUCCGCUGCGGGCAGCGGAGCGCCGCCGAGGCGAGGGCUGCGCGUGGGGCGUCCCGCUGCUGCAUGGGUCACACCAGGAGCCAGAGCAGCAGCUGCGUGUGCCAGCCGUCGGAGACCCUCCAGGAGGAAGGACCUCGGUGACCCAGUUAGCUCAGUCUCUCCUGGUACCAGAGCAGCUGCCGCUUGUCUAUGAACAAUCUGCGUGGAAUACGGAAGAGUUAGGCCCCUUUCUCCGCCUCUGCCUCAUGGAUCAGAGCUUCCCAGCAUUUGUGGAACAGGUGGAAAAGGAAUUAAAAAAACUGACAGGACUGAGAAAUUAA